AUGGGCUCACCACUGGCGCCCGUUGUGGCAAACAUCUUCAUGGAGUGGUUUGAGAAAAAAGCACUAGACUCUGCAAACGUGAAACCGCGAUACUGGUGGCGAUAUGUAGAUGAUAUCUUUGCUGUCGUCGCCCGGGACGCAUUGAAGGACCUGACGUCACACCUAAAUCGGGUGCACGCGAAGAUAGAGGUCACCAUAGAGGAGGAAAAAGAAGGAAAGUUACCGUUCCUGGACGUACUGGUCAUCCGAGAGCCGAACGGACGGGUGACUCAUACCGUAUACCGGAAGCCAACGCACACAGACCGGUACCUACGAGCCGACUCCCAUCACCACCCCUCACACCUAUCUUCGGUGCCUCGUACGCUGCUGAACCGAGCACUCGCUCUCUGCGACCAUGAAUACGUCAAUGCGGAACUGAGGCAUGUACGUGACGUAUUAGAGCGCAAUGGAUAUCAGUGGCGCAAGUGUAGACGUCUCCUGGGAUCUGCGGGCGAAGCUCUACCAUUAUUUGGUAUCAAAGUAGAAAACACUUUGAAGGAUACGGAUAAGGAUGAACAGAAUUGUGCUGGUGUAAGAGAAAUUGGAUUUGGAAACUCAAACAACUUGAAGACUCUACGAAUAUUCUCUUGA